AUGGAGAAUCCGAGUCUGGGAUGGGCCAGGUCCUUGGUCUGUGGCUUUGGCAGCCUCUUCGUACCCAUCUUCGCUGAACGACAGGCCUUUGGACCAAUCCCUGCACAGGAUGUGGCCCUGUCGUUGGUGAUGAUGACCAUGGUCUGCACAGCAGCGGGCUACGUGCUGACAAGGUCAGCUCCACUCCUGCUGACCCGCUUGUUGCUGCGACUUCAUCCCAAUCUCCAACUCAGGGAUGAUGUGUGGGAGGAAGUCGUUCCUGGCCAAGAAGCGCAACUUGGGGAGGAAGCCGCUGAAGAGGGCGUUGCCAAAAAGAGGUAUAUCCGGAAAAGGACAGGAGCUGAGUUACUGUUCAUUGUCGUACACAAUUCCGCGGUGACGUCUAUGGCAAUGCUGGCGUGGCUUUUGGGCUAUCCGUACUUAGCCUUGCACGCAUUUUGCCUCGAGAUCGGUUAUGAGGUCUUCGAUUCGUUUAGUCUGGGCUUCCAGAGGAUGGAACCGGAGACAUUGAUCCACCACUUGGUCUCUCCAAUUUGCAUUCUUUGCUCUACACAGACAGAUAUUGACUUCAGGGUCCUCUGCCAGCUGAGCAUUUGCAUCGAUCUGUCGGGGGCAAUCCUUGGAAUGAGCAAGUUCCUGCUGCGCUUUUCGCAUUUGUCGGCAUCCAAGAUCUACCAGUUUUUGUCAAUUGUCUACAUCUUUCUGCGCGUGAUCUUUCCCCUGAUCGACACAGUGAUCAUCGUCUCACGCGAGCUUACGACUAAAGGAAGUUUUAGCACCAGACUGCAGUUGCAAUCAGAUCAGCAAGGCUUCUUCGCCAGGACAGAUUGGACCCAGCUCUACUUCUGGUCUAUGGCCGUCAUGAACUCUUUCAAUGCUUACUUCUUCUUAGUGAUUCGUGCGAGAUCGCGACUGCCGGCCCAUGUGGUCUCAAUCUAUGAGACUCAGAACUGA